UGUGUCAGCAGCACGAAGAGAGUCUGUUUGAUGUUGACCUCCCAAGGCCUUCGCCAACUAAGCUUUGUUUACGUCACGGUAUAGAGAUGUGAAGUCUAUAGACUACUGUCCCGACCUGACUUGACACCCAUAAUCACAUGCAAAGAUGACAAUUUUGCAAGUUGGUCAUGAUCAUGCCACUUGCUAGUUGAUGUCACCAGUGGCAGUGGUGCUGUGUUGUUAUAGACUAGUUUGCGUGAUCUGCAUAGACCUGACCUGACAAGAGUUUAUCUGAAUUCUGAAGUCUUCCCCUAGAGAGUGAAUCGAGUGUUGACUGUUGGAUUGCCUUCUAGAUCUAGGUCUAAUCUAAGUUGUAUAUCUUCAAGAGCUGUUUUAUUCUGGAAAGGCCUCAAACCAACCAACAUGAUGCAGACACCACCACGACAACCAAAACAUUUCCCAAGCAAAGCUGCAGAAGAGAUUGCCAAUGUUACUCCAACUAAGCUAAAUAACCUGACGCUGAAGUCAAAGAGUGCAGAUGUCAAUCAAAAUGAGAAGAGUGAACCAAGCAGUAAUACCACCAGUGGACAAGCCACCAAGAGAUUGGACUAUCUAGCCUGGGAAGACUACUUCAUGUCUGUAGCUUUUCUAUCUGCACAGCGUAGCAAGGACCCAAGCUCACAGGUUGGUGCUUGCAUCGUGAAUGAAGAAAAGAAGAUUGUUGGUAUUGGCUACAAUGGGAUGCCCAAUGGAUGCAACGAUGAUGUGUUGCCAUGGAGUCGAGAUAGUGAAGAUUGGCUGGAGACAAAGUAUCCUUAUGUAUGCCACGCUGAGCUGAAUGCAAUUAUGAACAAGAACUCCGCCGACGUCAAAGGAUGUACUAUGUACGUAGCUCUCUUUCCCUGUAACGAGUGCGCUAAGGUCAUAAUCCAAUCAGGGAUUAGGAAGAUCGUUUUUCUCUCGGACAGGUACCAGGAAAAGGACACCAUAAAGGCAUCCAAAAGAAUGUUCGAUUAUGCUGGAGUAACUUACAGUAAAUUCACACCGUCUCAGCAAACAGUCACCAUAGAUUUCUAUGCGCUGGAUCCAGAGGCAAGACCCAAGGACGAGAAUCAGAAAGAGGAGGAGCUCUAACACCUCAUAGUACCUCACCUCAAGGUCAUAUUGAUUAUCUCUGUCUUUCAAGGUCAUUUGUAAAUAUAUAUUUAUAUUUUGUUAUCACAAUAUUUAAAAGCAAUACAAAUUGUUGGUAUAUAAAACAUGAAAUGAAGUCAUUUUCCAAUAGUUUUUGGAUGCAUCUACAAGGAUAGAACACAACGCCAUAAAUCUACCUUGAAUUAUUUGACAUUAUAAGAUGGGUUUAAGAAUGUAGCCAAUAGCAAACCUGUAUCAGGUCACAUGUAUAUAUGCUUUAUUUUUUCCAUCACGCUCAGCUUUGCACUUUUUGUGCAGCAUUAUGUGAGCUCUGUGCAACCACUCUUCGUCAACGCAACUUGAUGCGUUCAAAGCUCAGACGCGAUCUAAUGCAUUUCAUAUGGCAUGAUAAUGCGUACAUCGAGCCAUGCAUUGUACAUACGUUUGGCUGGGCGCGCGCACUGCAUGAUGUGACUUCAUCCAAUAGAGCAAAUGGCUGCCUUCUUGAUGUGGGACUUGGCUUUUUGAUCGGGUUUCCUAGGCAAUUUAUCGACUUUAUACUCAUAUUGUAGACCCAGCUUACAAAACAAAUAAUACAUGAUUUAGCUCGUGCAUUAGUGAUAUGCACUGCACUUGGUUAAGCCACAAUGAGACGGACAAUGAACUUGAUAAUGAAGUCUCUUUCAUUAGCGUAUUGUAACUUUUCCUGCGUGCGGUGCAUAUUUACUAAUGCACUCGCAAAGAUGUAUCAUUUGUAUAUUGCAUGUUCAGUGACAACUAUCUAUCAAGGCAUUGAUAAAUAAUGAGUUUUCAAGCUGGCUAGCUUGAUGAUAAAUAUGCUGGACAAAUUCUUAUUUGAGUUAUUAAACAGAACAUGAAAAUUUUAUCCCAAGAGGUGUCUUGUCCUUACCAACACUUUGUAUUACUUUCAAUCUUAUACAUGUAUUGUCAGAGAAAAUAAAAAAAUGUCUUCCAAUUUCUCAAUAUUAUGGAAAGAAAAAUCUUCAGCGCAUAGAAGUAUAACAUGUUGUGUGGUGCUAUUCAAGAGAUAUCAUAGGUCAUAAUAAUGACAUCUUUAUAUUUCUGUGGACAGGUAAGUGAGAUUAUUGGUAGGAAGCAAACAGUAUUAGAAGUCUUUAGAUAUUUCCUCGAACAUUUUUGUUAAAAUUUCCAUUGUGUAAAUGUGAGUUGGUUUCUUAACCAGAUUGAAAAUAGGAAGCAUACAGUAUUAGAAGUCUUUAGAUAUUUCCUAGAACAAUCUAGUUGAACUUCCUUUGUUUAAAUGUAAAGUUUGGCUUCUUAAGCUUAACCAGAUUGAAAUGAAAUGAAUUGACAUUUGGUUACUAUAAGUAGAAAAGGGCAAAAAUGCACCGCCUAACACAAUUGCACACACCUGCACAAUUGGGCACUAUAUCGUCGCUGUUUUCACGAAGUGACGGUAGUAAAAAAAAAUUGCAUUCACUUUGCGUCACGAUUUUCCUCACUACCGUCACUUCGUGAAAACAAGGACGAUAUUUUAUGGGAAGAUACAGGAAAGCACAAAAUUGGUUGUUGGGAAUUCUGUAGGCUACUUCGCAAUGUUUAAUGUUUAAUGUUUAAGUCUAUUGUAUUUUAUAUCCGGGUGCUCAUAAUAAUAUUGCAAUAUUCUUUUAUAAUAUUGGAGUUAAUUGUUUCAGUUUGCUGAACAUGAGGUUGUAGAGUAAUAUUUAUGUGUAGUAUUUCUACAUGUUAAAGGAAUAAAAUGUAGUUGUAUAUAUAGGGAUCGCUGUCCAUGAAAAUCAACAUUUCAAGGAAAAAAGUUCUGAUGUAAUCAUGGCAAGAUUCAAUUUCUAAAUGGGAAUCUUUAAGUAUCGAACAAGUUGUGCUGUCUCUUAAUGGCAUGCACUUAAUAACUACCGCAAGAGUAUUACCACUCAAAUCUAUAAAGUAUUAGUAGCUUGUAAGCAAGUCCACCAUUUAUACGUUACUAUAACUACCCAUCUUGUAACCCAACCCUCAUUCAGUUUAUAGACGCAUGCUGAGUGGCUUAAGUACCCGAUAUGUGAAAGUACAUUAUGUAUUCCACUAUGAAAGCAGGCAUCAUUACAAGGUAUACACGUAAGGUUCAGUUCUUCCUUACAACUUUAUACACGGCACGGCACAUAUUACCUCAGAUUAAUACCAAAGUACUUUUCAAACAAGAUACAUGCGUGUUCAUAUUUAUCACUGAUAUUUCAAUGUGAGAUCGAUGUAAAUGUUUUUUGUUCCAGCUAUUUGUAUUCUCUUCAUAAUGUGGACAAGGGUAAGGUUAAAGAGAAGGUCGAGUUCUUGGAAGAGGUGAACAAUAAUUUGUGAGCGUUAUCAUUGUUAUUAUGCAAGUGUGGAAGAACAUCAU